CGGGACUGUGCAUCCCAUCCAAAUAUACAAUACGACCGGAAGAUUUAUUAUUGACGAAGUAAUGAAUAAAACUUAAUUUUACAUACAAACUUAUGUGACAUUUGUCGUUGAUACUAUGUCUAUUGUUAUUGUAUACAUUAAACAUAAUUGUGUAUCAGUUCAAACCUGGAUUCGUGAGCGUUUGAAUAUUCCAGUGAGAUGGUGACAUGAUUUAGCAUGCGUUGGACGACGUGGUGGCAAGUUCUAUUCGCGCUUACGGCGCAGUCCCUGGCGCAGGGGAUCGUCCCUACCAUCUGCGAAGAGGAAUACUGCAGAUGUGACUCCUUUACAAGAGUCAUUUGCAAUUGCUCAGAUAAUACUGAUGCGGAAAUAACUCUUAGACCAGAUGGGGCCUAUAGAGUACCAUCUACGGCAAGUGCUAUCAUAAUACAUCGUUGCCAUCGAGUACAUUUCCUCUCGGACACGGUUCGCGAUCUGAUUCACUUACGCAACGUGGAAAUACAAGAUUGUAACCAUGUUGUCAUCAACGAACGAGCCUUAGCGUGGUCACCGUUCCCCAGAGAACCUGAUAUGAAUCCUGGCUUACGAAUUUCGAUCAAUAAUAGUACAGUAAACGAGAUCGCGUCACAUGCGAUUCAAGGACGAGUUGACGAUAUAAUAAUAAUGAGAAACAGGAUCGAUAACUUAAAGCCGUUUGCUUUCUCUAAUCUCGUUGGUGUUAAGAAUGUUGAGUUGAUAAACAACGCAUUCGACACUAUAGGUAUACAACCGUUCAAGAAGUUCUCCACAUUGAACUUUGUAAUGCGUGACGGGGUUGUGGGAACACUGCCUAGUAGGUUUCUCUCUAACGUAGAUGUGAUCGAGUUAUUUCACAUAGAAUAUGUACAGAUACAGAAUAUAAAUAGUUUAACGUUUCUUGUCAAUUCACCAAAGAGGGUCCUCAUCGAAAGUAAUGUCAUAGGCACAUUGGAAGCUGAUGGAUUUCACAUAGUCACAAGAGGGCCCAUAACAUUUAGAAAUAAUACCGUGCAAACGUUGGCACGAGGUGCUUUUCUAGGAUUCACAGCUGACACGGAGGUCGCGUCAGUUAUGGGUCGUCAAGAGCUGUUGAUUGAUAACAAUACCUUGUCAGAAUUAGUGCCAUCUGCGUUAAUGUACAACAGUACGACAUUGACAAUGCGUAUUGGCGAUCUCAAUUUAAAUAAGUCCUGCUCAUGUGAAUUAGUGGAGGAGUGGCGUGAUGUGAUGUAUGAACCAAGUGGCAUAAUCACCUGUUGGUAUUCAUUGGAAAACCAGUACACGUCAUUGCGAUUAUAUUCUGACAGUCGGUGUGGUGAAUUUAAACAGACAUUUUGGAUCUACGUAGUUAUAGGUAUAGUCGUUGUAGCAAUAAUAUCCGUUGUGGUUAUAAUUUUUAUAGUGCGACACGAGAAUAAAAAGAAGAAAAAUAAAAUGCAGAUUGUGUUGCCUGACGGCAAAACUUAUAGAGAGACUGAAGUCCACAUCGUAGUGGAAAGAGCAGAACUGCUCUCGACUGACUUUUAGCUUACGGAACAUUCCGCGAGUGAUUUUAGUUGCGUGUAGGUUAUUCUACCUCAGUGUCACUCCGCUAUAUUGUGCCAAUAUAAAUUUAGCUUAUUAUCAGUAUUAUAACGCAUGCGAAAAUAUUUUGUUACUUCAUAUUUUGUUACCCAUUGCCUUAAAUUAUUUUUGGAAAUUUCUUUAAUAAAAUUAUA